CAUGCGCGUGUGUGAUUGGACAACUGACAGUUCGUCCAAGGUAAUCAUAUGGACGAAAACGAAAACGAAUCAAACCAAUAGUUUGUAUAGGAUUUGCAGUAUCUUUGAUCCCUUAAAAUCGGGCAGCAUAGUUAAAAUAAGUUCCUUAAUUCAAACAACCGUAGUCUUAACAACUGGAGAGGAUUGUCAGAGAGGCUUUGCUCAGGAUUAAAUCCCAAUCAUCUUCCACUGCUCCACCUAAGCCACGAACUAACUAGUCAUGGGUAUUUGCACAUCUUGCUGUAAACAAUCUUCGUCGUACGAAGAUCUGACACCAGAUCCGGAGGUGCGCCGUCGUCAACAGGUUGAGGCAGCCGAAAAGCGAAUAGCUGAACAGGAGUCAAGAGGCAUAGGCAACGUUGACACCGUCAAGAGGCAGCAGCAGAGAGCCGCGGAAAUAGCCAAACGCCAGGCCGAGGCUAGUACCGUUGAUCAACAGACUGGACUGAAAUGGCAAGUGAAUUGAGGUACGGAGCAGCUUUUAUAAGGACCAGGUGAAGGUGUGCAUUUUCAAUCACAUGUCUGAAUUACUACUUUACACAUUGUGAUAUACUUAUACAUAUAAUAUAUAUAUAUAUAUAUAUAUAUAUAUACACUUACAGAUAUACCAAUUAUACAUACAUAUACAAUAUAUUUAUAAUAUACCAGUGAAAAACUUUACUUAUUCUAAGAUUGGAUCACUUUACACAGUAUUGGUAGUAUGGUUUUUCCACACGUUUUUCAUGUUGUACAUACAAUUUAUACAUAUAAAUUUAUUGAAUGUUACCCUAAAUAAGUUUAAGCGAUGAAAAUGAUCGUUAAAUUGAUGUACAUACUUUCAUAAGGAAUGGAUUAGGUUUUAUUAUUAAUUCCUAAUUAGGUACAUAUACACUCUGUUGUCAAUUUCAAUUCUUAUACUGUUCGAUUAAUAUAAUGUUCAACUCUUAUUUCUACUUUUAAUUUAUCUAAUGCCUAUUGACACUAGAAAUUCUCACUGUUUUACUAAUCCAGCGUCGCAUUAUAGACUCCGGCGGUCUCUGGUAGGCUAAUUUGGAACUGUAGCAAGACGACAAGAUAGGUCACCAUAGUACCUAAGAGCUAUCAAAAGACUUGUAAAAAUU